AUGGUUCAUGGAGAGACUUCUGAGGACACAGGGACAGUGGAAACAAUGCCUGCUACCCCCGAGUCUGAGAAGAUGGAGUCUGGGAGGUUAAAUUCCUUAGCCCUCAGGGGCUACAACCGGCAGAACAUCAGCGACCCAGUGAUGGACCAAGAACAAGACGUGGAGAACAAUGAUGACUUUCCAGGGCACCUUAUGAAGCGCCAUAGGUCUUUCCCCACGGUCUUUCUCUAUGAUAACACAGUGAGCCAGCCGGAUUUCAGCUUCAUCCUCCAAGCACUUGGAGAUAGAUCCGCUGAUAUUUUCGAUGAGAGAAAGCACCCCUUCAAACACAAACUGAGCAGAAAAACCCACAUGUCUCGUGAUCCUGAACUGCACGUUAUCUACAGAUUCGUCUGCGACCUUUUCAGUGCUGAGCACCUCACUGCUGAGUGUGCGAUUGUGACCUUGAUUUACCUGGAGAGGAUUAAGCAUUAUAUAAAAGCUUUCGAUGUGUGUCCCACUAAUUGGAAAAGACUGCUUUUGGCAGCUGCUAUCGUUGCCUAUGAGCUGUGGGACAAACAGGCUGUGUGGAGUGUGCCCUUCUGCCAGCUCGUCAAUAACAUCAUUACAUUCGACGACAUGAUUGAGAUAGAAAUGCAUUUUUUAAAUUACAUUCAUUUUGAUACUGAUGUUUCUGCCAGUCUCUAUGCUAAAUAUUACUUUGACCUUCGAUACUUAGUCCAUGAAAACAACCCUCUUGUUCUAGUAAAAAGUUUUUGCAAAGAAAUAAUACAGAGCACAGAGGCUAUUUCCAGAGGCUAUCAAAAAAAAGACCUGAGCAGAGCCUCUAUAAAAAGAUCUCUUAGCGCUGACAAUGUUAUUGGCAUGCAACACAUCAAAGCCAUGCUCACUAAAGAAAAUGAGGGAUUGUAA